AUGUUGCGCCGUCAAAAUCGUGAGCGCCGCGACUACCUCUAUCGGAGAGCGCUGCUCCUCCGCGAUGCCUCUAUCGCAGAAAAGAGAGCCCAGCUGAAGGCCGCCCUGGCCUCUGGCAAACCUCUGGACCCUUCAAUCGCAAAUGACAAGUCCCUCCGUGAGGACUUCAAGUACGAUGAGUCAAAGGACAAGGAUAACGAGAUGGAUAUCGACGAUGAAUAUGCUUUGACUUCAGGCGUCAUCGACCCUCGCCCGCUAGUCACCACUUCCCGUUCACCCUCUGCUCGCCUCGGCGCUUUCGCCAAAGAAAUUCGUCUACUCUUGCCGACCGCUAUCCGUCUCAACCGUGGUAACCUCGUUCUGCCUGAUCUGGUGUCGAGCGCCAACUCUGCUGCUCUGACAGACAUGAUUCUGCUUCACGAGCACCGUGGUACACCCACCGCUCUUACCGUCUCGCAUCUUCCUCACGGCCCAACGGCGAGCUUCUCCCUACACAAUGUAGUUUUGCGCGCGGAUAUCCCGAAUGCUGCCCGGGGCACUGUUUCCGAGAGCUACCCUCACUUGAUUUUCGAGGGCUUCACAACCAAGCUGGGUACCCGUGUCGUCCAGGUUUUGAAGCAUCUAUUCCCUCCCCGCGAACCGGGAAAGGUCGGCAACCGUGUUGUGAGCUUUGUCAACAAGGAAGACAGCAUCGAAGUGCGGCAUCACGUCUUUGUAAAGACUGGGUAUCGAGACGUCGAACUUGCCGAGGUCGGUCCUCGCAUGACAAUGCGGCUCUUCGAGAUUCGGGGAGGUACUCUCGAGAAGGGCUCCAGCGGAGACAUUGAAUGGGCCCUUUCACAGUACACAAGGACCAGCAAGAAGAAGGAUUACCUGUAA